AUGAUGCACCAAAAGUACCAGCACCAGAUUCAGCAGCAGAGGAUGCAGCAACAAAACCGAGUGCGACAGCUACAGCAAUCUCCUGGUAGUGCUGGUGCUGCAAAGCGCACUGCCCCAGGUACAGACAAGCGGGCCAUUGUUAUCCAACAGCAGCGGUUCAAGCUUGCAGCGCCCCCACCUCCGUUCAAAACUCUGCAACAGCCGACAUACAACCCGCUCGACAAGCGAUUGCGGGCACUACUAACACAGACAGCUCUGGGACGAGUCGAAAAUGCUCAGUCUCUGUACCAGAGCAGACAGACGGGUCUUGGAAUUCCGGCCAAGGUUUCUCCUCGUAAUGCUGUUUUCCUGGAGCUCGAGCCGUAUGGCACGCUCAAGGUGAACAAGAAGUUAGGAGAGGGAGGAUUUGCAAGCGUCUACCUGGCUGAGGAGGUGAAUAACGGAAAGAAGAACCAGGCUCUGGCGCUCAAGGUGGAAAAACCAGCUUCGAUCUGGGAGUUUUAUAUCCUCUUCAAGUUGCGUGGGAACAUGGGAAUUGGCCCGCUUCAGACCCCGCCGCUGAGGAUUCAUUCCGCUCAUUUAUUCAAGGAUGAGUCUGUCUUGGUGAUGGAUCGUUUCAAGGGUACAAUUCUAGAUGCUGUCAACAAAAUGUCAGGCCAGAUUGGUGAGGGUAUUGCUCUCAUGUGGACCCUGGAUCUACUCAUAUCUGUGGAGUCCAUGCACCAUAACGGCAUCUUACACUGUGAUAUCAAGCCUGACAAUAUCAUGGUGGACAACUCGGAGGGUCGUCAAGCUAUCAUCAUCGACUAUGGACGUUCUUUGGACAUGAGCAUGUUCCACGAUAAUGUGGCCUUUGUGGCAGAUUGGGAUACGGACAAUCAGGACUGUUACGAGAUGCGCAAGCGCCAGAGAUGGACCUACCAGACGGACUUUUACGGGGUAGCUGCGUGUAUUUUUACCAUGCUCCACGGGUCCUUCAUCGAGACCACUUUUAGGGAUGGCCGUCACCAGUUUGCCCGAGGCUGGAAAAGAUACUGGCAGCAGGACAUUUGGCUGCCCUUGGUGGACUUUCUGUUGAAUCCUAACAAGGUCUGUAGCAUUCCGACAGGUGAGUUCAACUGGCCUCGUGACUGCGAGAAGACAAAGAAGCAGCUCGAGGCUCACAGGCGGGCCAUUGAGGCCUACCUCGAUGCCAACCCCAAGGUUGUGAGUGAUCCCCUGCGGUCUAUUCGAGAGGUGCUAAAAUGA